GAAGGUAAGUUGGCUUUCCCACCUAUAUAAGAUGGAGCACACACUGUUCCCCCAGGCAUAGUCUUGGUCUGCCCCUGCUGUCCUAUAACCAGCCAUGAUGCUCCUCCAAACUGCUGUGCUCAGCGUCCUCUUCUGCUCUGUCUACAGCUUCACUAUACCGGCUGGUUUUGAAAAGAGCGAGGAGCAUUCUGGCAACAACGUUGAGGAACGUGAAUUCGGUAUCUCCGCGCAGUUAGAGAAGGUCAAUACUCAUGUUGGAAAGGGCUUUGAUGAGCCUCUGGUGCUGUAUGGAGACAUAGCAGUGCCAACAGGUCUACAGAACGCUGAUCCCUGCACAGCACGAGGGUGCCUGUGGCCCAAAGCCAACGAUGGCAACGUCUACGUACCCUACAAGAUCUCCAACCAGUACAGCCGCCGUGAGAAAGCGACCAUCAUCGAAGGUCUGAAUUCAUUUGCUCAGUCCACCUGCAUCCGUUUUACCGAACGCACCAAUCGGCAGGAGGACUUUCUGGACAUCCAGUCGCACUCAGGGUGUUACUCAUAUGUUGGGCGUAUUGGUCGAGACCAGAUAGUGUCUUUGAGUCGCCAUGGCUGUGUUUAUAAAGACAUCAUCCAACAUGAGCUGCUGCACGCCCUGGGCUUCAACCAUGAACAGACCAGGUCCGACAGGGACAACAAUGUUCGCAUCCAGCUGCAGAACGUCAUUGACGGACUGGAGUACAACUUCGACAAGGUCGAGACAAACAACCUUGGCACUCCCUAUGACUACAACUCUGUCAUGCAGUAUGAAAGGUAUGCCUUCUCCAAGAACUUUGAGCCAACCAUCGUGCCCAUCCCUGACCCCAAUGUAGCCAUUGGUGAGGCCACCGAAAUGAGUGCUAAUGACAUCCUUCGGGUGAACCGCCUUUACUGCAAUGGGAAUUCUUCCACACUUGACCCGGAACCGGUGCAAAGAAAACAUUUCCACUAGAAAUGAAAGAAAUCAAAAGGAAAUGAGGCAAACUGAUGCAACGUUUUUUCUACAAGGAAAACCAGAAAUACAUCUUGUGCUUAAAUGAAUGCGCUUUAAUUCAGUAUUUGAUGAAAUUAGCUUGUGUGCUGCCCUAAUGAGGAAUGCAAAGUGUCCAAUGACACCAUCACAAAUGUGCACUUACAAUAAAAACUGCUUGUACGCUUGAAUGAAUACUAAAAAAGAAUAAAAAAAAAUGUUGCAUAUCUCA